UACAAUUGAUCUUUUAGAUAUUUUCACACGCUCCUCUCGUAAUAGAUUCAUAUCUCUCUCCUCUUUCCGUGUUCGUGGCUUCGAUCCAGUUCACCGAUCUUCGUGGUCGCGUCCCUUCAACAGAAGAAUCGAGGGUUGAGCCUGUUCAAAUUUCAAGAUGCCGGCGACAGCAGGUAGGGUUCGUAUGCCCGCAAACAAUCGUGUCCAUAGUAGUGCUGCUCUCCAAACUCAUGGUAUAUGGCAGAGUGCUAUAGGGUAUGAUCCCUAUGCACCCUCAAAGGACGACAGUAAGUCACAGCAGAAAUCUUCAAAUUCAGGGCCAGAGGCAGAGAAUGCAUAUGCCAGUUUCCAGGGACUGCUUCAACUGGCCCGUAUAACUGGGUCUAAUGCUGAUGAACCUCGUGGGGGCUGUAAAAGAUGUGGACGUAUUGGGCACCUGACAUUUCAGUGCAAGAAUAUUGUGAGUUUGAAGGAUGAUAAUAAGGACAGCAAAGAUCCUGAAAGUGCAGUUCUGGCUAGGUUGGGAAGGUUGAAAAGCAAGGAAGGUAAGAUAGAAGAGAACUCAGAGGAUAGUUCUGAGGUGGAAGAAAGUGAAAGUUCAGAUUCUGAUUAUGAUUCUGAAAUUGAGAGAGCUAUUGCUGCAAAGCUUGGGAAGAAGGUGAAUGGGAAGUCUAAGUCGUCAAGAAAGAAAAGAGUGGGAUCGGAUUCUGAUUCUGAUUCUGAGGAUAGGAGGAAGAAAAGAGGCAGAUCUAAGAAGAGAAGAAGUGGGAAGAAGAAGAAGGCACUCAGUGAUUCUGAGAGUAGUGAAGAAGAUGCAAGUGCUAGGAGGCGAAGGAGCACAAAGAGAAGGAAAAGAGACGAUUCAUCAGAAGAUGACGAUGUUGAUGGACAUUCUCAUAGGAAGAGGAGAAGUAGAAAGGAGAAAAGGAGGCGGCGUAGCCAUAGGCAGCAUUCUGAUGAUUCUGACACUUCUGAUAAUGAUUCACAUAACAGACGUAAGCGGAAGAAUGAAAGUGAUUCAGAUGAUUCUCGGGUUGGGAGGGAGAAAAGGCGAUCUGAGAAAAGGAGAGUGAAAGUUCGAGAAGACUAGAACUUCCUUCCUAUAGACGGGAAUUGUAGAGAAAUGGCUGAGUCUUUGCUUUUUCCCUGUUUGUUAGCUGAAGAAGAAGAAAAAGAAGAAACAAAUUAUUGGGUGGCAACUGUUUUAUGUCGAUUUUUGGGUUGUUGGUUUCGAUUAAAAACUCAAACUUGAAUGUAGUAAGUAUUUGCUUUGUAUGCCUAUUCCAUUCUGGAUGAUUAAAGUACCAAAGACAACAUUGAAUCCCUUGUAUGCUCAUUUCAUUCUGGAUAAUUAAGGUAUCAAGAACACCAUUCCAUUCUGGACACACUUAUCCUGAGUCCUUGUAUUAUUAUUGUCAAUUUCUGGAAAUUUGUUGAUU